GUGAAAAGUCACAUGACUUGCUCAUUCUAAACAAACCGUUGAAACUAGCCGAAUUAGACGGGGCAAAGAUUAAACCAUUUAAAUCGAAUGAGGCUCGUCUAAAGUUCACGAAACGGCACAAUAAGAAAUGUGCGGUUGUGUUGACGUGUAAACUCGUACUUUAAUGUUAUUUCCUGUCUCAAGUGAUGCCUGAAGAGAAGUAGGAAGGUUCCUGUUAAAAAAUGUUUCAGUCAUUGCAAUGCGCUCUUUUGCUUGCGGCCAUUUCUACGACAACUUCUUCCACAGAACGCAAUAAGUGUGUCGCCAGAAGCUUUGGCCAUGACUCUGUGGUUUGUGAGUGUAACUCCACGUACUGUGACACAUUUGGUACCGUUUCGCUUCCCCCGCUGGGUCAGUACAUCUCCUUCAUGAGCAGCGUGUCCGGAAGCCGGCUAGAAGAAAGUCAAGGUCCGGUUCGACCCAACAGCAAUGGAGCUGGCCUCAAACUGACUCUCUUUCUGGACAAGAAGUACCAGAAGAUGAGAGGAUUUGGUGGUGCGAUGACAGACGCUGCAGCAAUUAACAUCCUGUCACUUUCUGCUGGUGCACAGGACCAACUGCUGAGACAGUAUUUUGCUGAAGAAGGUAUAGGUUAUACUGUGGUGCGUGUCCCCAUGGCCAGCUGUGACUUUUCCACACGUCUGUACACAUACGCUGACUCAAAGGAUGACUACAGUCUGCACAAUUUCACUCUGGCCCCUGAGGAUGUUCACAUGAAGAUCCCUCUGCUACAGAGAGCCCAGGCCAUGUCUCCUCAACACUUGUCUCUGCUGGGCAGUGCCUGGAGUUCUCCGGCCUGGAUGAAAACCAACGGUGCACUCACAGGAAAAGGCUCCUUAAAGGGAAAACCUGGUGGGAAAGAGCAUAAAAGUUGGGCUCAGUACUACGUGAGAUUCCUUGAGGAAUAUGCAAAGUAUAAUUUGACGUUUUGGGGCGUGACUACAGGGAAUGAACCCACUGCAGGAUAUAUUUCAAACUACAGUUUCCAGGCACUGGGCUUCACUCCUGAGGAACAGAGGGACUGGGUGGCCAUGGACCUGGGCCCCGCCUUACACGCCUCGUUGUUCCCGCACACUCAUGUCCUCAUCAUGGAUGACAAUCGCGUGCUGCUGCCUCACUGGGCCAAAGUGGUUCUGAGUGACAUCCACGCAGGCCGGUACAUCCAUGGUGUGGCAGUGCACUGGUACCUGGACGGCCUGGUCCCCGCCGGGUCUAGCCUAGGAGCGACCCACGAACUGUACCCAGAGUACUACUUGUUUGGCACGGAGGCCUGCGCAGGCUGGACAGGGAAAGACCAGGGAGUGAUACUGGGCAGCUGGCAGAGGGCCGAAAAAUAUGCGCACGACAUCUUAGAGGACUUAAAUUAUUAUGUAACGGGUUGGACUGACUGGAACCUGGCGUUGAAUCUAAUCGGUGGGCCCAACUGGGUAAAGAACUUUGCUGACAGCCCCGUUAUAGUAGACGCCAAGCGUGACGUCUUCUACAAGCAGCCAACCUUUUACAGCAUGGCACACUUCAGUAAAUUCCUGUAUGAGGGCUCUCAGAGAGUCGGUGUGUCCGCCAGUGGUAAAACAAACCUUGAAUUUGCUGCAUUCAUACGACAGGAUGCCGCAGUGGUGCUCAUCGUACUUAACAGAUCAUCUUCAGCCAUCCAGUUUGAAGUGUGGGACCCAAUGGUGGGCUACAUCCCCUCCACAGCACCGCCUCGUUCCUUACUCACGCUUGUAUGGUACACACAGGGAUGAAACCUGUAGUUUUGUGCUGGUUUUUUUUUUACACACUUUGUUGCAGGUAAGACUUAACUUUCUUACCUGAGGCAUUCAAAAGUGUUUUUUUUUUUUUUUUUUAAACUUUUUUAUCUGUUCUUUCACAUUGCCUAAAGAAAUAAUGAACUUUAGGGGCACACCGAAAACAAAGAAACCGCUACUACAAUUAUAAUGUUGACAUAUUACAAGGAUAAAGGUAUAAUCUUUGCAAUUCUUAUAGCCUAUUAAUAAGGUUGGAAUUUUGUCAAAUUAAAAAAACUGCACAAUAGCACAAAGUAUGGCAUCGAAGUCAUUUUUUCUCUAGUUUACAUAGAAAUUCCAACAAAAAUGAGAAUUGACAAAAUCAAGUUAUAAUGCCACAAGAAAAACUAAAAAUGUGAAUGCUAGUAGUUUAAUGGGAGGAGGGAAGGGUUAUAAUUAAAUUUGCAAGACCUUGUUAUUAAGUCAUAAUUCUAUGCAUAAAAAAUGUCUGGAAAGUUUUAUUGAAAGGGAAAUGUCCCCUCCAAAAUACGAAUGAAGUGGGAAUAUUACAAGUGCAAAAGAGAAUGUUGCAGUAUUAUUAGAUUAAACUUUGUUGUUUAAUUUUCACAAUUUAUCCAGACUAUAUUUUGGAACAUUGUCUGUUUUGUAUUUUUUUUUUUUUUUUAAAAACCUACACACACAAUUAAAAAAAAAAUUAUUUUUUUUUUAAUACACAAUCGAAGAUAAACCCAUACCUAAAUUGCUAAUUCAUUACCAGUGCUGGGAAUCUAAUUUGGAAAGGAAAGAACGUUUCAUCAUUUUUAAUACAUCAUAGACAUUUUUAUUUCAAUUAUAUAAUAUACAGUUUAACCAUGUACGUCAUUCGCAUUUGCAUCUCCAUUCUCAUUGUUUUUCUUUGCAAACUGUUUUUGGACUACAAUAUUUACACUUAAAAAAACAAGUGGUAAAAAUGUGGUCAUACACAGAGGACUAUUAUGACAGAGAUGAUAUCGGAUUAUAAUAUAUACACCAGUAUAAGUAGGUUGAAUUCAAAAAGUGGGAUGAGCACUGAUGACUUGGUUCGAUUUGACUGGUUAGCACGUUCGCUUCCCAGUGCGGAGUGGGUUCAAAUACAGCUUUCCUUAGAGAACUUUGCAUGUUCUCCUUCUUGGGGUUUCUCCAUUUUCCUCUCACGUUCAAAUACAUGCAUCGUAGGUAAUUGAAGGCCAUAGGUGUGAAUUUGAGUGCGAUUGGUUGAUUGGCUGGCAGCCAGGACUGGGUGUCCUCCGUUGCUUGCCUUAAAUGAGCUAAUAUAGGCUCCACGGGCGGAUGCUGUAAUAGUUAUGAUAUCAUUUCCCUUUAAGGAAUGCCUAAACCAACAUUAGCAAAAGAAAUACGAUUGGGGACAGUCAAAACAAUAAAUAGGAGUUCAUGAAUGUUUACAGCAAAGUGGUGACUUUGGGAUACAAAACCUGACUUUUACCCAAAAUAGUGUUAAAAAGGCUAAGUGGCUUGAAGGGUAAACAUAGAAGGAUCUAUCUGCGGCGGAAAAGAGACCCUCAACAGGACUUCAUGGAAAUUGGCUUGGAAAUUGCUUGUACACAAAUGCUUCUAAGGUGAGAGGCGACUCAUUUGCAUGAGGCAAAAUAAGACUCCCCAAAACCAUUUCCUAGAAUUUCGAAUGGAGCAUAUCGCAGAAUUUGUGAAAACAUUUUUUGUCUGCUUUAAGAUCUGUAUGCAUGUGUAUUUACUUGGGAGUAAAGACUUAACGGAAAAUACAAAAAAAAAAAGUGAUUAUGACAGAUAAGGGAGCAAGAAUCGGUUUCUUGGCUUUUUGUUUGUUAGUCUUCAGAAGGACCAUCUCUCCUGUGUGCGGGGGUCCAUGGA